AUGAGUAUCGUCAAUGAAGGAGUUAACAAUUCCAGUAAGACCAGGUCCGUUGUUCGACACAAUCUUCACCCUGCGGCAUUAAUCAGAAACAUUGUCAAACGAAUACCCAGGAACUUGCCGUAUUAUGGCAACACCAGAGUUCGCAUAGAUAAGAUUGAUCCCAUAACCAACGAGUUACUGAAAUUACGACCACACGGCUCACUGCUUAAAAUCACGAAAGUAGUGGAAGACCAUGUAUCUUUAUACUCCGCAAAGCUACAGGAGUUAUUAUACUUGGUUCUUGAUGAGCCAAAUUUAGAUGACAAUGCUCGAAUCAAAAUUGAACAAUCGCUCAGUGAUCUUUUGUCAUACUUACCUCGAGUGAGUAAUAAAGAUUAUAACGAGUUUAAGAACGACAAUAACGGUAACAUUAAGAAUAACAAUACCAAUACCAAUACCGAUAACAAAAACAAUAAUAGGGACAACAAGAAUAGCAAUAGCAAGGACAACAAGAAUAACAGUUUGGAUAACCAGAGCAAUAAGAGAAAAAGUUCAGAUGAUUCAAAUGCUGAGGAAAGCGUCAAUUGUCGGCUAAAGCAUAAUAUCCCCUAUCCCGAGAAACAAGAACUGUUCCCAACUUACCCAGCAGAUUACUUGUCUAAAAUUUUACUCGAUAAUUAUUUUGCAUUAACUAGAGUAUCGACUUCUUAUUUCAAUUUAUCAUUAAGCUCAGUAGUUACCAAGUAUAUCGUUGAGCUUAUCUACCAACUCAACUAUUGGGAGGUAGUUCACCUUGCCCACAUGAUUCCAGAAAUUCAAGAUUUUCUACAAUUGAUUGGGUUCGAAGUAGUUAGCACUUCGUUCGGCCCGAUUGUAAGACCCCCAGAAAACUAUCUUGAAGAUAAGAUGCUCCAAGGCUUACAAUAUCCGUUUCCAUACCCCUUUUACAAUUACAGUUACCAUUCAUUUGAUCCCGAUGUUGGAAAGAGGAAGAUGGAACUGGUUCGAAUUACGCCCUACAUUGAUAUCACAUUGAAAAAUACGGAUCUUCCACCAGUAAAGAAGAAACGUGGUAGAAAAUCAAAGAAGGCCUUAGAGCGAGAAGCAAAAGAAUUGGCCACGAGACAGCGAGAAGCAAAAGAAUUGGCUAUGAGACAACGAGAAGCAAAAGAAUUGGCUUUGAGACAGGCACACGUGAGAAAACUCCUUGAAACACACAAUAGGAAGAAGGAGGAACAAAAAGAUCAAGAAGAUCAAAAAAAAGAAGAAAAAGCGAAAAAAGCUGGAAGAGAAAAGAAUGGUUCAGAAAAACUGGAAGGAUCUUUGCAAAACUUUAGUAUUAUCGAUAGCUCUGAGCCAGAAACGGCAAAACGUACACUGGUUGAGGUUACAUCCGAACAGCAACCAAACCCUGCCUUAUCCAAAACAAUUCAAGCUCCAUCACAAGAAGAGAAGGAAAAGAAGGCAAAACGUGGUAAAUCUCGUGCUGGUACAAGUACGGGAACUAGAAAACAGUUGGAAGAUUUCAAACUCUCUUCACAACGAGAGGCUGCUCCAGAACGGUCUAUGAGCCAUUCUCCUAAUACCAAAUCUACUGCUACUUCUACUCCUACUGCCACUCCUACUGCCACUCCUGCUGCUACUGCCACUGCUACAGCAAACACAACCGCAACCAAUAUAACCAAUGCUACAGCCGUACCUGCAGCAGUAACAAAAAAUAAUGGUAUAGUCUCAGAUCUUUUCCCAAGUGUAACACCAUCAUCUGGUGGCGACAGAUCUUUUAUACUUAGCGACCAACUGGUGAAAGCCACUGAUCCAAUCAAGACGUCAUCUAUUCAAACCAAUGACUCCCUUAACCAAACGUACGCUCAACUGCAAGUACCUACACGAGUAUCUACACCGCAGUUUGUCACAAACUCAUACACACAUGUUUCUCAUCCUUCUUCACGAAUACACCCACAGCAACAAUUAUCCGCUGAUGAACAACGGUUGAUGACAAAAACGAAUGCUGCCAAUACUCACUUAUCGCCACAAUUUUCAUCUCCAUCAUUGCCACUCCCACCUGUGUUGCCACCAACACAACAGCAUCGAACUUAUUCGACACAAGGAGUGCAUCCACCGCUCAUACCACCACCUGUACUGGGAAUGACUUCGAACAAAAUCCCAUCUUCUCAGGUUGGUCGUCAAGAUAUACCGCUACUCAAUCCAAUUAAUAACUACACUCCGGUCAAAGAGGUUCAUGGCUACGAGCCUGCUCACUCUCAAACUCAAACUCAAACACAGGCACAGGCACAGGCACAAAGUCAGAACCAUAUUCAAAAGCAAAACCAAAACCAAAAGCAAAAGCAAAACCAGAGUCCAACUAUUUUACCUUCUUUUGCUAACUUGCAAGGAAAACUGUCAAUCUCAACUCAAACAAACAACACCACGAAUAUGAGUCAAAAUCCAGUAUAUGCAAAUCAGUAUUCCCAAUCUCCUUCCUUAGGUUCCCGCCAGUUUCUGCACCAACUGCAACUUCCAUCAAUAUCAGUAGGGACUUCACAGCAAUCAAGUCCGAUAGGCUCAGCAGUGCCUGUAAAUCAAGAGUUAUCCUUGCAGCAAACUAGAUCAAUUAGUUCACAGCUGCCAACGCAUUUGGCACAGCCUGUAUCUGAUAAAUCGACUUCUAUUGUCAGCUCAACGCCCUCCACAACGGCACAGAACAUAAAAGACCUGCAAACUGUUUCCAAUCCAGGCCCACAUGAAAUUGUGAUGAAGUUUGGUAAUCCAGACGAGGAAGUAAAACGAUUAGCACGGACCGGCACUAUUCAUCAAUGUAGACUUGUUGACCCCGUGACCAAAAGCGCAUGUCUCAAAAUAUUUUAUGGCAAAAAUGAACUUUUACGUCACCAGGAGUUUGUUCAUGCCACGAAAAAGAAGAUAUACAAGUGUAUUUAUUGUGAACGAAAUGGCUCUCGGGUGCAAAGCUAUCCACGUCAUGACUCUUUGGCAAGGCAUAUACGAAGAAAACAUGGUAUUACAGGCAAGGAGAACAAGAUGGCGGUGAAUUAUGCCAAAGAUAAUGUUGAAGUAAUGGAUGAAGGAGACAAUAAUGGCGAAGAAGGCGGCGCCAGUAUUGGGAGCGGCGAUAGCUCUUCUAGCAAGCCUUUGCAAACAGGACAUAAGUAUGAUUUGCAGCCAGGAGAGAUCCCAGCAGCAGAGGUACAGAAAAUGUUGCGUAAAGUUGAUAAACUAAAGACAAAUCCUCAUCUGUCUGAUUCUCCAUCACCCGCUUCAGCUUCUCUUUCUGGUUCGGCUUCAGUACAAGUUGGGGAGAAACAACCACAUGUACGUUCUCAAACACAUUCCCAGGCACAGGAACAGGCACAGAAUCUAGAACGUGAACAAAGACAGAGUUUUUAUUCAAAUGCCCCUUCGGUGUAUGUAGCGCCUACUCAGGAUCGACCACAAACGCCCACACAAGGGGUAACGCAAACAUCAAGUCAUCAAGAAACAACGUCACAAGGGCCGCAAGUGAAACGCCAAAAAGCUAAUGUAUUAAGAAAAGUAUCGCACAAUAAUGCAAGUACAAGUACAGGUACAAGUACAGGUACAAGUACAGGUACAGGUAAAAGUGAAACUGGAACUGUAACUGUAACUGGACCUGGACUUGGAAGUGUUGAAGCAGGAGCAGGCACGGUCGCAAGUAUUUCCGGAGGUCCUCCUGGCACACCCAGUGAAACAUCCAACACACAAACACAUCCACCUCACUCGCUUUCUGCAUUUGAAAAAUUUCAACAAGACCCAAGGUACAAGAUCCCAGAUACACCACCAUCAUUCCGCACUAUGUUUAUGCAAGACCAAUUGCCUGCCGACAUUCACAAAAAAUUUCCUGAUUUACCCAGGUUGCAGAAAAUUAGCUCUGCUGACCCCAAAAAUAAACAGUUUUCAAUAUUUUUAGGUCCCACAGCGCCAUCUCCAUUAACUUCAUCUCGAACUCAAAGAAGAUCUGUAUCACCUUCAACGCAAAGAAUAGGUCCACAUCCAGUCCCACAAGCUGCCUUUGAACACACAUUUGCUGUGCAACAUGAGCAGAAUCAAGGAGCGUCGCUUCAGCAACAGCUGCAACAUCCGCAACAAACACAAUACGCCGAAUAUGAUCAUCAUCAACUCCAGCCACAACCACAGUCCCAACCCCAACCCCAACUCCACCGUCCGCAACUUCUGCCGGUUAAUCAUAUGCAACAACUACGUCAGAUGCCACAUAUUCCGCAGUUGUCAAAUCAUUUUCCUCAUUCGCAACAGCAACAGCAUCAACAACAGCAACAGCAACAGCAACAGCAACAGCAACAGCAACAGCAACAGCAACAGCAACAGCAACAGCAACAGCAACAGCAACAACAGCACCAGCACCUGCAGCAACAGCAACAACAACAACACCAGCACCAACACCAACAGUCUAGUGAUCAAAGAUAUAAUGUCAAACUUCCGCUGAUACAAGACUUCAAUUCCGGAUUCCGCGGAUAG